AUUCCUCCUCCUAAUUUAUGCAAAAAUUGAGGAAAUGUUUUCAGAAGGGACAAUGAGUGUAGUAGGAAGUGAGGUGAUGCCCCUGGAGUAUGGUGGCAUGGACUCGGAGAGUAGUUCGUCUCCAUCUAGUUCGGAGAGGACGAUGGAGGAGAGGAGGGAGUGUUAUGACCCCAAUUUGGACAUAGUGUCUGAGGUGAAGGGGUAUGUGAGUGAAUUGGGUAGCAAGGGUAGCCUUAGGGGUCUCGUGGGUAACUGCAACCUUCCUCACCAUGUGCUAAUUAGGCCUGCCGGGAGUAGGAAGGAUGCCAAAAUGGAACAAUUGUCUGCUUGGAAAGCUAAGAAGACUAAGCAGAACAAUUAUAAGUUAAACGAGGAUGAGGUGGAAGAGGUUGAGAAGCUGGUGAGGGAAGAAGGGGAGUUAGUGGAUAUCAUGUACCUCACCAGCGCGGAGGCGAUAAAGGCUGUUGAGCUCUAUGGGCCAAGCUCAUUAAGCAAAGCUGAGAUGGAUGGUUUUUUAAAUGCUAUUGGAGGGCUGGCUAUCCCCAAGAAGCCAAGGAAGAAGCCGGAGCCUAUGAGGAGGAGCAGCGAAAAAGUGAGCGAGGAGGUGGCGCCACUUCAAAGGAAGAAGAGGAAGGUGGCAGAACCAGAAGCUAGGAGGGAUGAGGUAGUUGAGUUCGUGCCUCGGCCUCCCCCUGCUGAAGUUGAUCCUAAAGUCAGGGAGAGGGAGAAGGCCGAGGUGCGAGGCCCUGGCAAAGGCAAAGAGCUCAUUCCUCCACCUUCGUUCCAGAAGAGCUUGUUCGAUGCAACCAACAUCAUUGGGGCGAAGCGGUUUCUAAAUGCCACUCUUCUAGACGUGGAUAGGAGGCAGGCGAGGGAAUAGGUGAUGAGCCAGUUGAGGGCUCGUGUUGUGAGGCACGCCCUAGAGGUAUGUAAAGAAGUUGUAGUUUAUUCAUGCUUUAUUUUUUAUUUUUUGACUUUUGCGUUUGAGUUCUGACUUCUGCUUGCAUUGCAAAGUGCAA